GGACUUAUUCUUGCGUCGCCGCUUGCUACCGGGGUAACGGAGUUUUGAGGUUGUAGGGAAUGUUGCCGGUGUAGCAGGAACUCCCGCCAUUUUUCAAUCAGCUAUAAACCCUCUUGUUUGUUUAUAUAAUCAGCACGUCCCUCAAAACAGUAUCUCCGCGGUCUACAGUCGCUUUGGCCUGGAGAAUCGACUUCAACACGGACCUGAGCGGCGUAAGAAAAGCCCGCCAUAGCAGCUCUGACGGGCCGCCUCUCGCGCUUUAAUCCCCGGCACCCAGGAGCUUCCGCUCACUCCUCGCACAUCUCACCAUGACCCCACCGACUCCCUUGAACUAGAGGAUGUAACACCGGAGAUGUAACUGAAUGAUAAAACCGUACUUUGGGUUUUGUUUUCCUAGAAGUAAGUAAAGCAGCGCGCGCUAGCCUAGCCCGAUGCUACGCCGCUGAGACGCACGGAUUCACGGCAUAUUCAGAUCGAGCUGAGAUUGAGCGCGGGGUUAGUUCAGUAGUUCACUUUGCAGACACGUCCAGGACCGCUGCGAGCCCGCCAUGGCACCGUUACUAGGCCGGAAGCCGUACCCGUUGGUUAAGCCGCUGUCGGAGCCGCCGGGCCCAGCAGAGGAGGUGUUCAUCAUCGAGCACACCAAAGAGGCCUUCAGGAACAAAGAAGAGUAUGAAGCUCGACUGCGCAGGUAUGCAGAGCGGGUAUGGACGUGUAAAAGCACCGGUAGCAGCCAGCUCACACAUAAGGAGGCUUGGGAAGAAGAACAGGAGGUCACAGAGCUGCUUCAGGAGGAGUACCCGGUGUGGUUCGAGAAGCCGGUCCUGGAGAUUGUGCAUCACAACACAGGAUCACUGGAUAAACUAGUGGAUCUGGUCUGGGUGGAGAUUCUCACCAAGUAUGCUGUGGAUGAGGAGUGUGACUUCUUGGUUGGCAAGGAUAAGACGUUGCAUGUGAAAGUGGUAAAGAUUCAUCCGCUGGAGAAUCCUCCAGAAGAGAAUGUGGAGAAAAAGCUGGAAGGAGCUUGUGAUUCUCCAUCCAGUGAUAAAGAAAACGCUAGUCAGGAGAACCUGAAGGAGCCACAGUCCAAAGAGGAGGACAGCAGGAGAGAGAGUCUCUCUGAUAGGGCCCGCCGCUCGCCCAGAAAACUCCCAACCAGUAUGAAAGAAGAGAAGAAGAAAUGGGUCAUGCCCAAAUUUCUCCCCCACAAGUAUGAUGUCAAACUUCUCAAUGAGGACAAAGUUAUCAGUGACGUCCCUGCAGACAGCCUGUUCAGAACUGAGCGGCCUCCAAACAAAGAAAUAAUGCGCUACUUCAUCAGACACUACGCUCUGAGGCUGGGCACGGGAGAGAGCACCCCCUGGGUGGUGGAGGAUGAGUUGGUGAAAAAGUACAACCUGCCAAGCAAAUUCAGCGACUUUUUACUGGACCCUCACAAGUUUUUGGCAGAAAAUCCAUCAGCUAAGAGGAAAAGCAUGAGCUCACCGGAAGGUAAGCCCAAUAAGAAGCUGAAGACUGCGGAGACAGAAAAAGACAGUGAGGGAGUCCAAGUUAAAGGGGAAAAGAAGAAAAGUAAAAAAGAUUCCCAGAACAUACCUCUCAGCCCAACCCUCUGGGGUCAUAUGCAGGUGAAGAAAGUUAAUGGAUCUCCCUUAAAAAUGAAAAACUCAGGUACAUCUAAGAAAUCUGAUGGGGAAAACAUCCUCAGCACCCCAAAAUCAAAUAAAAAGCAGGGAGACAAAAAAUCCACUGACCCCAAAAAGAGCCGCAAGAGUGGGGUCACCAAGGCUCCCAAUGACCACAAGCUCUCCAAAAAGGAAGACAAAAGCCCUGGAAGCACCAAGAAACCCAAAAUGAAGCAGAUGACCCUUUUGGAUCUUGCCAAAAGCCCACCUGCUGCAGCUAGCCCAAAAAAGCGAAGCAGAAGUUCAAGUACUGGCUCUACUAAGUUGGGCAAACCUUUGCCACCUAUGGCUUUACAUCUACUACGGUUUUACAAGGAGAAUAAAGGCAAAGAAGACAAGAAAACCACUCUGUCCUCACUUGUGGCUAAGGCGGCAAAAACACUGUCCACAGAGGAUCGUGGUCGGCUUCCUGAGGAGCUGAAAGAUCUAGUUCAAAAACGCUGGGAACUGUUUGAGCAGAAACGCAGAUGGGCCCUUAUGACCGAGGAGGAGAAACGCCAGGAUAUCAAGCAGAAGCUGCGUGAGAAAGCCAAAGAGCGGAGAGAGAAAGAGCUGCAGGUGAGACGGGAGAUGUCCCGCCGUUACGAAGACCAGGAGCUCGAAGGCAAGAGCUUGCCGACGUUCCGUCUGUUCGACAUGCCCGAGGGGAUUCCCAACACCCUCUUUGGUGACAUAGCCAUGGUAGCUGAGUUCCUUCACUGCUACUCUGGCCUCCUGAUGCCUGAUGACCAGUAUCCCAUCACCUCCAUCGCUCUGAUGGAGGCUUUAGCUGGAGAGAAGGCAGGCUUCCUCUACUUAAACCGUGUGCUGGUGGUGCUGCUGCAAACACUUCUGCAAGAUGAGCUGGCCGAAGGUUACAGUGAACUGGACAUGCCAUUAUCUGAGAUUCCUCUGAACAUGCACUCCGUAUCCGAGCUGGUGCGCUUGUGUUUGCGGCCAACGGAUGCCCAUGAAGAAGAGAGCGCACGUGGCUCAGAUGACUGGCAGCCUGGUGCUGGCUACGAUGAUGUGGUGAGCAGUGAGUUCUUGGAAAAGCUGGAGACGUCGGAAGUGUUUGAACUGAACUCUCAGGAGAAGGUCAGCCUGCUGGUGGCGCUGUGUCAUCGUAUCCUCAUGACCUAUUCAGUGGAAGAUCACGUGGAAGCCACUCAGCAGCGAUCGGCCGAGCUGUGGAGGGAGCGGCUUGCUGCGCUUAAAGAAGUCAAAGAACGUAAAAAGGCAGAGAAGCAAAAACGCAAAGAACAGAUCGAGGAAAAAACUGAUGCUAGCGGAGAGGCAUUAAUGAGGGCAGAUAGGGGGAAAGAUUCAAAUGUGAAAAAAGAGACACCCAAAGUGGAAUCAGAGCCAGAGGACAUGAUCAGCACAGUGAAAAGCAGACGUCUGAUGGCCAUUCAGGCCAAGAAAGAAAAGGAAGAGCAGGAACGGCUAAACAAAGAGCGUAUGGAGAAGGAAGCAGAGGAGGAGCGAAUCAGGAGGCAGAAAGCCGGAGCAGAGAAAGCCUUCCAGGAUGCCGUCACUAAAGCGAAGCUGGUGUUGAGGAGAACACCACUGGGUACCGACCGCCAUCACAACCGCUACUGGCUGUUCUCUGAUGUGGUUCCUGGCCUGUAUAUUGAGAAGGGAUGGGUUCAUGAGAGUAUAGACUACACAUUCACUCUUCCUCCUGAAGAGGAGCCCGUGUCGACAGAGGAAGACAAAGAGGACAAGAUGGAAGAUGGAGAGAAAGAGGAUGAAGGCAGCAUAGUCAGCACUUCUAAUGAAAAUGGCCAGCAGGGGGCACCGGUGCCUGAGACCUGUUUUGAGACCACUGUGCCCAAACAAGGCCAAAACCUCUGGUUUAUGUGUGAUUCGCAAGAAGACCUCGAUGAGCUAAUAGAAAGUCUUCACCCUCAGGGAGUAAGAGAGAGUGAACUCAAACUCAGGCUCCAGGUUAAUUACCAGGAAAUCUUGCAUUCCAUCCAUCUGAUGAAAAAGGGUAACCCAGGCCUGAAGAGCUGUGACGGAUACCAGGAGCUGCUUAUGUUCUCACGCAGUGACAUUAUCGAGGUAGCAUCUCGUCUACAGAAAGGAGGCCUUGGAUACAUGGAGGACACAUCUGAAUUUGAAGAAAGGGUGCGUGACUUGGAGAAGCUGCAGGAUUUUGGGGAGUGUGUGAUCACUCUGCAAGAGAGCGUGAUCAAGAAGUUUCUGCAGGGCUUCAUGGCACCCAAACAGAAGAAGAAAAAGAAGACCGGUGGAGAGGAGAGCACGACGGCGGAGGAAGUGGAUGAUCAGAAGAAACUGGCUGAAGAGGCCAGGGUAGCAACCGCGGUGGAGAAGUGGAAAACUGCAGUCCGUGAAGCUCAGACUUUCUCUCGUAUGCACGUUCUGCUCGGCAUGCUGGAUGCCUGCAUCAAGUGGGAUAUGUCUGCAGAGAACUCUCGCUGUAAAGUGUGCCGCAGGAAAGGAGAGGAUGAUAAGCUGAUUCUCUGUGAUGAGUGUAAUAAAGCCUUCCAUCUGUUCUGUCUGCGGCCGGCACUGUACCGUAUACCGGAGGGUGAGUGGCUGUGCCCAGCCUGUCAGCCAAUUACCGCCCGACGCAGCUCCAGGGGCAGAAACUAUAAGGAGGACACUGAGGAAGAGGAGGACUCAGAGGAGGAAUACUCUGAAGACUCUGAAGAGGAAGAAUCAGAAGAAGAAUACAGACACACGGGCCACAGCUUGAGAUCGAGGAAGAAGGUGAAGUCGUCAUUGAAGCCCAGAGUGCAGAGUAAACCACCACAGAAAAAGCAUUCCCCUCCUAGUGUCAAACCAGCUCUCAGACCGGCUUCCAAGCCUGAUCCAAGACCUGCACUCAGAUCUGCUUCCAGACCGGAUCCAAGACCUGCACUCAGAUCUGCUUCCAGACCGGAUCCAAGACCUGCACUCAGAUCUGCUUCUAAACCAGAUCCAAAGCCUGCUGUCAGAUCUGCUUCCAGACCAGAUCUUAGACCUGCUCCCAGACCUGUUUCCAACCCAGAUCCUAAACCGGAUCCCAAACCUGCUCCUAAACUAGAUCCCAGACCUGUUUCUAAACCGGAUCCCAAACCGGAUCCCAGACCUGCUUCUAAACCGGAUCCCAAACCGGAUCCCAGACCUGCUUCUAAACCGGAUCCCAAACCUGCUCCUAAACCAGAUCCCCAACCUGCUCCUAAACCGGAUCGCAGACAAUUGCCUAAAUUUCGACCUGAGCUGGUGCGACAGAGCUCCAAUCCUCUGUUGAAGAAACAAGCUAUUGAAGUAGGGAAAUGUGAGGACAUUCUUCAGAAGCUGAUAAAAUACCAACACAGCUGGCCCUUCAGGGAACCUGUAUCUGCUGAAGAAGCCAAGGAUUAUCGGGACAUCAUCCGCUGCCCGAUGGACUUCACCACAAUGCAGGACAAGUUCAAAUCCUCCCAGUACCACUGCGCAAGCGAUUUUCUCGAGGACUUGAAGCUCAUCUUCUCAAAUGCGGAGGAGUACCACCAGCCCGAAAGUGACGUCCUGACCUGCAUGGCACGCACAGAGCAGUCAUUCAUCGAGCUCCUGCAGGAGAGCCUCCCUGGGAUUGGCUACCUGCGACGGCGAAGUAGCAAGCGCCUGGCCACUCACUCCGAAGAGGAUGGGGACGACGAGGAGGAGACGGGGAAGAAGAUACAAAACGGGAAGCAAGAGAGGGCCUCAUCCAGCCAGAAGGAAGAUGAUGAGGAAGACUCUGGACAGAAGAAGACCAAACAGAGCGGUGGACAACAGAAACAAGAUGACAGCGAAAGUGAGGAGGAUGAUGAUGAUGAGGAAGAGUCUUUGAGAAGGAAGAGCAAGCGGACAAAUCGUAAAGAUUAUCGGGAGCAGGACAGUGACAGUGAGAGGGACAGCAGGAGAACUGGAUUGAGACGGACUGCACGAGGUGUGACGGAUGACCAGGAGACCAGCAGUGACGAGGACUCGGACGUCCAGCGACAUUCCAAGAGGCCCAAACGCUCAUGAAGACCAGGGUGCUUUGGGUUCUUUGUAUUCAUUUUUGUACCCCCUCCUUACUAAUCAGAAGGCCUAACGGGCCGCCCCAUACCCACUGCAUAUUGGACAGAACUUUUGCUCACCCUGAUGUAGAUGUCUCGGUUUAUUUUACUUUUUGGAAGUUUUUAUGUUAAUAUUGGAGAAAAUGGAUUUAUAUUUGUAAGUUGAUUAAUAAUGCUAACACUUGGUUUUUUAACCUGAAGAUUUGCAUUGAAAAAGAGAUGUCAUCUCAUUGAGCUCUUAAGACUUUUUCAAUUGAUAUUUGACCUAAAAAAAACCUUUAAUAAUAACAUUUAAAAAAAAAAAAAGAUUGUAACUGGGUUGCAGAUACCACCAAGCCGUGUUUCAUUUUGAUGGCUUGAGAGGUUUCACCGUAAAUGUCAUGAAGUGAUUCAGAAUGAAACGGAUCCUUUUGGAUGGACCUUCUUGAGGCCUUUUAAAUGAAUUCAUGAGUGAGCAUCCAGAACUAGGCUCUUUCAAUGAACUGACGUUAUGUGUUUUGUCUCAUAAGAGUCUAGUUUAAUUGGCUCUAAACCCCCAUGGUGGUAUGAAAUUGAACUAAAGGUUUUUAUUUUUGAAUGUGCCACCACUUUUUUCUUUUCUUCAGUCAUUUAUUAUUUUGCUGUUUUUCAUAAAAGCUGUCAUCUUUGCUUUCAGUUAAACAACUUCUGUUUAUGAAAAGCAGGAGAUCACUGAUCUUGUUCAUUGGGAUCUAUCUAGCAAUUUCUGUAAAACCUCAUGCUGCUCUUAUUCCCUAGAAACCAGUAGGUGGCACUCUACUACAGUAGUCUUGGGAAGAAACGCUCCCAUUGGUGUAAAACUGACAUUUGAAUGUUAUAUCCCCACUAAAGACCUUUUGCGGUGAUAAGUUGAACCUAAAAUCCAGAUGGAGAAGUCCGAUGUGAAACACUCAAGUGAAAUUAUAUGAUCUGAUUUCUUUUUUCAUAUGACUAUGUAAAUAAUAAGGUUUGACUAUAUUUUGGUGUUUGAUCGUAGCCACGGAAGUCUCAGUUUAAGAUCGUGAUGUUUGUCCCCAGCAGAUGUGUUGCUCAGGGCUUUAUUCUGGAUUAAAACUCAUUUUUAUUGGA